AUGAAGCUGCCGGCCUCCUUGCAAUACCUGUCGCCGCAGCAGGAAAUGAUUGACGAUGCAGCCCCGAGCAACCCGACCCCGGUCAAUGCGAAGGCCAAAGCCAAGAAGGCCCCGAAGAAGGGACAGGCAACAGGGGAGGGAAGCACGGGAUCCUUGAUGGAUGGGAAGCCUAAGAAAGCUGUGCCCCCGGUUACACGAGCGACUGCAAAGCUACGCGAAGUCACGGCGAUUACCAACGACGCCAAGUCGUGGGAGGAGAAAAUCAGCAUGACGUCCGAUGAGAUCGUGUGUGCCGAGCUCAAGGAAGGCUAUAUCAAGGGCAUCGAGAGCCGCUGUGCCAAUGUCACGGAGGCAGCCAAGCAGGUGCAAAGCAUUCUGGUUUCCGGCGAGGAUGAUGGUUUGGACGACGAGAUUACUAAGCUCGAACAGUGCAUGGAGAAGUACAACAGCUACAUCUCCAAGACCAUCAAGCCACAAUUC